AUGCCUCUCGUUCAUCUUGUAUGGCUAUCAGUCCCAAAUACCCAGAUACUAAGUACAGAGUGGCCUCGUCUGCCGUUGUCUACCGGUAUGAUCCUCCACAUUCAUGUCAUCGUUAUCACCGCACUUCAAAUCCCAUUUCCGAGGUCCAGUAGCCAUCACCUCCAACUUCUCACAUACCCAUAUCCCAAACCGCUCAACAUGGGCAUCCAAUCAGAUCCCAGGCCACGAUACGCGACAUCAGGCAACGGCGGCGCAGAAGAGAGCAGCAGAAUCCGUGACCAAGCCCCACCAGAGACAGACGAACAUGGCUACCGAAUCAAAGAGCAGCCAAUGGGUACAAAGAAAAAGGUCAAGGUGAUACUCAUGGGUGCUGGUGCCUCAUCGUUGAACUUCUUCAAGAAGGCCGAGGAAGAGAUGGAAAAUAUGGAAAUGGUUUGUUACGAGAAGAAUGGUGAUGUUGGAGGAACAUGGCUAGAAAAUCGAUAUCCUGGCUGUGCUUGCGACAUUCCCUCUGUCAACUAUCAAUUCACGUGGAAGAUCAAGCUCUGGUCACAUUAUUACUCGUAUUCUCCCGAGAUCUGGGAGUAUUUGAAAUCGAUUGAACGCGAGAAUACGUUUAUUGAAAAGUACAUCAAGCUACGACACCGUAUCGAGCGAUUGGAAUGGGACAGCAAGGCUGGACUAUGGCGUUGUGCAGUGCGAAACUUGGCAACGGACGAGGUCCUUGAAGACAGCGCUGAAUUCUUCAUCAAUGCUGGUGGAGUGCUGAACAACUGGAAAUGGCCUGAUAUACCUGGUCUGCAUGAGUUCAAGGGAAAGCUGAUGCACAGUGCCAACUAUGAGGAAGGCUAUGAUCUGACCAAUAAGCGUGUGGCCGUAAUAGGCGCAGGCAGCUCAGGCGUCCAAAUCGUCGCAGCAAUACAAAAGAAAAUUGAACAUUUGUAUCACUGGAUCCGCUCGCCAAUCUGGAUAACGGCAGGCUUUGCACAAAAAUGGGCAGCCAAGAAUGACAGUGACGAGCAACUCAAGUUCCUAGAGGAGAACCCUAAAAAGUACCUCGAGUACCGCAAACAAAUUGAAAAUGAGUUGAACCAGCGCUUCAAAUUCAUCCUCAAGGGCAGCGAGGAAGCCCGCGCAGCACGAAGCUACGCCGAUAGCGAGAUGCGCACAAAACUGAACCAUGAUCCUGUUCUCGUCGAGAAAAUGAUUCCCAAGGACUUCAACCCGGGAUGUCGUCGCCCAACGCCUGCCCCAGGCUACUUGGAAGCCCUCGUGGCACCCAACACCACCAUCUUCACCGAUUCCAUCGGCUCCAUCACGCCCAGCGGCUUCAUUGACCACGAGGGCAAAUCCCACUCUGUCGACGUCAUAAUCUGCGCCACAGGCUUCAACACCACCUGGCUCCCGCGCUUCCCCUUUAUAGCCCAGGGCGUUGACGUCCGCGACAUGUGGAAAGAAAGCGUGACGUCCUACCUCAGCGUGGGGAUCCCCAACUUUCCCAACACCUUUUCCUUUUGCGGUCCAUACGGUCCGUUGGGCCAUGGCUCUUUUAUGCCGCUCAUCGAACAAUGGACACGCUACAUCUUCCAAGCGAUUACCAAGGUGCAAAUCGAAAACAUCAAAUCUCUCACACCAAAACUUGCGCCCUCACUCGCAUUCCGCCAACACGCAGACCUGUUCCUGCAACGCACGGCGUGGACAUCGCCCUGUCGCAGCUGGUUCAAGCAGGGCAAAGUGGACGGGCAGGCUGCCAUUUGGCCGGGAUCUCGGCUGCAUUUCUUGAAGAUGUUGGACGCGCCUAGGUAUGAGGACUUUGAGAUUGAGUAUGACGAAGAGAAUAUGUUUGCGUUUUUAGGGAAUGGGUUUGAGGCUAGGGAGAGCGAUGGGAGAGAUAUUACGAAUUACUUGGGGUGUUUGGAUGAGGGGGGGAGGGAUGUGCAGCCAGAGUAUGAUGAGCGGUUGAUUGAGAUUUUGGGGGGGAUGAGGUUGGGGGAUGGAUAUGUGGUUAAAGGAUGA